AUGGGUGCCAACAACGGGGAAGCAGCAGCAUCAGCACAGCAAAGCGGUCAAAAUGGCCCCUCUGACGAAGAAGUUCGCCAACACUCGGCGGAGGCAGCCCAGAAAUCGCUGGAAGCACAGCAAGCUGCGUAUGAGCUCAGGCAGGCGGCCAAUGGAGCUGCCGACCCAGAAGAAAGACAAAAGCUGCUCGAAGAAGCACUGGACAAGGAGAUUGCAGCAGAAUCAUUCGGCAAGACAGCAAAGUAUCUCCGAUCGGGGACGUUUCAAGGCUUUGCUGUAGGAACUGGGAUGGGUAUUGCUCCUGGAGCUUCUCUGGGAGCUCUAACAGGCACUCUUGUCGGAGGAGUCACGUCGUUGAUCACGGGCGGUCUUGGUGGAGCUAUUGGUGCUGUCACUGGCGCUAUACAUGGACCAUUUUGGAAUAUGGGUGAGAUGACCGGCAAGGGCAUCCAGAAGAUCACUGGUAAUCUGCCUGGGUGGAAGGCCACCUGGGAGCAGAAACAGGCGCUUGAGCGAAUGAUUACGGAUGUCAAGAACCAGGACAUGCCAGAAAAGGGGGAGCUGGAGAGUAUGCAAAAAGACAACCCUGGAAAGACAUGGGGUCAGGCUGCAUCAUCGUGGUGGCCAUCGUGGGGCGGCAAGUCGAAGAAAGGCAAAGAUGGGUCUGACGGAUCAAAAGUCAACAGAGUCGAUGAGCAGAGUGUUUCCAGACUUCAAGAAGCCCAGUCCAGAGAUUACCAAGAACGUCACAGGCCAAAACCCGCUCCCGCCAAAAGUCCGGCGGGAGAUCUUCAGAAAGCAUCUCGUGCUCAAGAAGAUACCAACAGAUCAACAACACAACAGACCGGCCCGCAGACGCCUCGCAAGAAACCACGCAAACUGGAAGUCAGGAAACCGCCAGCCAGUGAGGCACCUGAUUCGAAUAAAGAGAACAAGGAAGCGCAACCGGUCAAGAAGAAGCCACGCAAGCUGGAGACGAGAUCGAAGCCUGUUCCCACUGCAGGUUGA